CUCUCCCUCCAGAUUCCAAACGUGACAACUAACGCACACAUCCGAAAGAGGCAGACCUACACGAUAUCACCAUGCGCCUCCUCGAGCUCCCUACGGCGCUGCUGGCGCUACUCGCCGCCCUCCCAGAAGCAUCUGCCACUCACACCUCGAACUGGGCAGUGUUAGUGAGCACAUCCCGCUUCUGGUUCAACUACCGCCAUCUCGCGAAUACGCUAUCUCUAUAUCGUACUGUGAAACGCCUAGGGAUACCCGAUAGCCAGAUCAUCCUCAUGUUACCCGACGACAUGGCCUGCAAUCCCCGCAACUCGUUUCCUGGCAGCGUCUUCAACGACAAGUCGCGACAACUAGACCUAUACGAUGACCAAGGUUCUCGCGACAAUAAGGCAGGAAUGGGAGGAAUAGAGGUGGACUACAGAGGGAACGAGGUCACAGUGGAGAACUUCAUUCGGCUGCUUACAGAUCGCUGGCCGGCAUCGCAUCCCACGAGUAAACGACUCAUGACCGACGACCGCUCGAAUAUCCUCAUCUACAUGACUGGACACGGCGGGAACGAGUUUCUGAAGUUUCAAGACAGCGAGGAGAUCAGCAGCUUUGAUCUUGCAGACGCGUUCGAGCAAAUGUGGGAGAAGAAGAGAUACCAUGAACUGCUCUUCAUGAUUGAUACGUGUCAGGCGAACACGAUGUAUACCGCUUUCUACACGCCGAAUAUAAUUGCGACAGGGAGCAGUGAGAAAGAUCAGAGCAGCUACAGUCAUCAUGCGGAUCAGGAUGUGGGCGUGGCAGUAAUUGACAGGUGGACAUAUUACAAUUUGGAGUUCUUGGAGACGCGAUUAAACAGCACGAGUGCGGAUGUGAGGCUUGGAGAACUUUUCGACUACUAUACAUUCGAUCGAGUGCACAGCGACGCGGGUGUGAGAUACGACCUAUUUCCUGGAGGAGAGGAGGCUGUGAGAAAUAAACGCAUAUUGGACUUCUUCGGCAGCGUGCAAGGUGUAGAGACGAGUGGCAUGAAUGAAGCGAAGGCAGAUGAUUGGAAGAGAGACCUGGAAGCACUGCAAAAGAUCAUGGAGAGACAACGUGAGGAAGAUCUGAACUACAGCAAGACGGAACAGGGCAGCGAGGCUACUGUGCAGGCCGCCGCGGACAAAGCUCAAGAACCGGUUGCGCUCAACAUGGCGCAAGCUGGUGAAGGAUGGGCCAAGAAGGCCGUAGGACUUGCAUCUUUGCUGCUGGUGGGUGGUGCAUGGUUGGCUGCCAAUGUUCUGACAAAGAGCUGAAGUCCAUAUGUCUUAUUCGGAGUUUUGGCGUGUGCGAGGUAGAUACCCAUGA